UAAAAAUUGAAACUUUGGAAAGAAUGGAAAGCGAAAUCUAUUCCUUCCUUCUCAUUGGAUGGUACCAGGCCUUUGAGAAUGAUAUUGUUCCAUGUGAUUCCUCUAAAGCAUCCCUCGAUUCCAACAAGCGAGAGGGCAGCGAGAUGUCCCUCCACCCCGCUGACGUCUCCUACAGCUGUGGAUCUUGUGGUUAUCCCUUGAACUUGACAUCUUCCAAUAGGAUUACCUCAGGGAUAGGCUCGAAGUAUCGCAAAUCGAUAAAGAAAGGUUCUAUCUCCUUUCUUUCUGUUGACCUCAGUCGUUUCACACAGGUCGACCAAGUAAACUGCUUCCCCGUCGCCUGGGUUCGCAGGGGCCUCAAGACGAAGCUUCUCUGCCGUAAAUGCGGGGCUCAUAUUGGAUAUGGCUACGGGGACUCACCGGCUCUUUGCGGCUUUGACUCCCCGAACUUGUCCACAUCGUCUUAUAAGAAGUUUACUGUAAAUAUUCGUGCUCUGCAACCGUCCGAAGAUUGCUGAAGUCGGCAUAGAAGAUCUGGCUGGACGUCAUCUUACAUUGUCUGAUAGUUGCCUCGCUCUUAUUGUUCAAAAGCUAGGCUGCUGCAACCGUCCCAAGAUUGCUGAAGUUGACAUAGAAGUUCCGGCUGGAGAUCAAUCUUACCUCCAUCAUACACCCGUCUGAUGAUUGCCUUGCUCUUAUUUUUCAAAAGCUAGGCUGUAGUUCUGGUCGUGCAUCAUUUGGUCUAACAUGUUGUCGCUGGCUUCACAUUCAAGAUAUUGCUGUAGAUCAUUACAAGACGAACCUUUCUGUAUCCUACUACAAUCUUUGUGUGAAGUAUUUCCAACUCAAUAGAUUGCUUGUCCGUCAAGCACCUCAAUAGAUUGCUUGCCCGUCAAGCACCUCGAUCAUUACAAGUUGAACCUUUCUGCCUUUUACUGCAAUCUUGGUGUAUUUCCAUCUUAAUAAAUUGCUUGCCCAUCAAGCACCUCAAGCCCUUAUCUGCAGAUCAUUACCAGUCGAACCUUUCUGCAUCCUACUACAAUCUUUAUGUCAAGUAUUUCCAUCUCAAUAAAUUGCUUGCCUGUCAAGCACCUCAAGUCCUUAUCUCUUUCUGGCUGAACUGAAUUAUCUGAUUCAGAUUUGACCUGAUUGUGGUUGAAUGGUUCACCUAUUCAAUGUCUUUAUCUUGACUACCAUUCCGCUAUUACUGACCGUGGGAUGUCUACAGUUGCUGCUGGCUGUCCAUCAUUGACCGUUGUUAGUCAAAUGCUUUAGUAUUACCGAAGUCGGGUUAGGAGCUCUGGCCGGGGUUUGCUUGGAUCUGGAGGAUGUCAAUCUUGUGUACUGUUUUUCUAUAAGCGAUGGUGGUUAAAGAGCUCCAUCACAACAAUGUCGGAAGCUCUGUGCCGUCGAUAUUUUCUACUGUAUGAAUGUAAGAGGCAUGGGGCUAACAAGCUGUUCAUCAACUCUAGUGCAUAUCAAUGCUGAGUUCUGUAAGAUCGACACGAAGGUCAUAAUGGCAAUUGUCAGCGGCAGCAGGCUUGAAUUCCUAGAUGUUUCUUAGGUAAGUCCGUGUGUUCCUACAAAGAAGUCGGCCGUAAUUGGGGCAGGAUUUGCUGGAAGGCUUGAAGUUCCUAAGCUUUGGGGGUGCAGAUCCAUUGGUGACGAAUCCAUCUUGGAAAUUGCGAAGGGCUACCCGUUCCUUGGAGAAUGGGACUUGGCAUUCUGCCAUGAGGUCAAGCUUCCAGGGUGGCGAUCCAUCAAGAGAUACUGCACUAACCUGGAAAUACUUCAUGCGAGCCAUCAUUGGAACUUUGGCAACUGCAGGUUGGAGGCAUUGAGAAAUGGGCGCAAGAUGCUUAUGGUUCUUUACUGGAGCAGGGAUUCACAUUUUGCGACUGUUUCAGGAAACACAAUCAAACUGUUUGAAACCGAAAAGCAUCGUGUUCAGAUCCAAGGAUGAAUACUGAACUGCUAGACGAUAUUAUGCGUAAUGAUUAUCAUGCAGAGUUAGCUGACUUGAACAUUGAGCUGUGUCAGCCAGCCCGCUUGAUUUGCUAUCAAGAUCAGUCGAGCGUAAUUUCAGUGCACAAAAAUUGGCUUAUUUAAGCUAAUUGUGUUUCCUGCUUCGAUGCAUUCACACCUCAACUUCUCCAUGUGAUUGUCAAAGCUGAAGGCAAACUUUCAGAGAGAUGUAGUCGGCGGCAUGAUCAAGAAAUUUAGCUUUGACCUGUAUAUAUCAACUUAUUUUCUUCGAAAGGAAGAUGAUGAAUUGAUUGGCUUGAACAGGUGUGAUGCAGCGGUCUGAGUAUUACCCUGAGAAAUUUGGCAACGUUCAUCGUCGUCGUCAAUUAUUUUCUUGAUA